CCUUCGGUUGAACCAGUUGAACUACAGAUAGGCAACGAGUUAUGUUCGGGUCAGUGGUGUGAUCGUUGCAGUAUGUAGUAUUUCAUCAUCGACACAGUGUUUUCUACAUAAAUUUCGAUUUUGCUUUCUGUCGGGUUGUGAAUUUACGCGACGAAGUGACAUUUACUGUGUAACGUGGAUCUUCGUUGAAAGACGAGUUAGUCUACAUAUUACACUCUCAUUUGUGAACGUAUUUACGAUCGUGUAACAUUUAAAAGUUUCACGGCGAGCUACCCAAUCAUUAGAAUAAAAACCGUGCAGAGCACGGUAUCCGGGAAGUGACCCCGAGGAUCCGACCACAUACGUUCGAAUACAUUAAACUUUGUUUUCGUUCGUCGAAUACGGGUUUAUACCGAAAGAAACAAGAGCGAAGUAGGCGUUUCGCGCACAGUAAUUUUCAUGCGAGAAACGUUGCCAGGGAAAUGGACCGAAUUUUCGUCGAUGAAGAAACCGGGGAAAGCAUUAGCUUGCCCGUUUCCGACUACGAGAUUCGACGACACGCUGUCGCGGUAAAUAAUGUCGAAACGGGAGAGCCGGAGAUCAACGUGGUGGCGACGGAGACAACCAAAAACCGAAGAAUGCGCUUCCAGAUUCCAAAAGAAGUGAAGGAAACACUGUCGACUAAGAACGGUUCUAAAAAGAAGGCCGAAAAUUUAAUGGAUUUAGAACCUGUCCCCGUUGGUACAUGCUUUGGACAAAUACAUCCGAUUUGUCUAUUCCUCCUGGCCAUUGUGUGCUUCCAUUGGCUUUUGCCGGUGUUAACGUUCUUGGAAGUGUCGUUGCACGUUUGGGCUCACCAUAAGAAUAAAGCGUUAAAAAAUGCUAGCGUUUACUUUCGUUCGCCGUUCCACGGAAUAUCGUCAGAGUUUUGUGCGUUAUGUCAGAACGAGACGUGCAUGGAUCGUGUCGGCAAAAUGCAGCAAAUACGCAUGCACAAGAUUCUACGACAGUGUAAUUAUAUGAAAAGAGUCGUAACGUGAGAAAUUUAUUAUCGCCGGUGCUGCAAACAUCAAACGUAAUUGUUUUUUUCCUUCGCGAGAAAGAAACAUUCUAUCAAACGUAAUUAUUAGUAAGAAGGUAACAAAAAAAAAAAAAAAUUACUUGUGACUUAUAUUAAUUUAGACACUGUCGUUAUAAAUGAAUCACAUUUACUAACGCAAAUGGAAGAAAUAGAGACUAGUAAUUGGUGCAGGAAAACAAUUUUAUAUUGGGGAUAUGUUUAUCGACUAACAGUAACGAUAUAGUAAUACAGGACCAUUACGAGUACCCGAUAAAAAAAAAGUUGGAUUAAGUCUUUAUUACCGUUACACGUUAAAAGUACAGCAAAGAUAGUAUCACUUUAAAAGAAGGGAAACAUUUAUAUUACAGUUUAUUUUAUAAAUGUAUAAAAAUUUGUUACUACGUUAAAGGAUAUGUGAGAAAAACAUUUUACAUAUCACGA